AUGGCGUCUGCGAGCGCUACUGCUUCAGUAAAUCCUGCAGCAAUACCUCUGACCACCCGGGGUUCGUUUGGCCUGUUCCUGUGUACUGCGUGGUGUACAAGCGAAAUAAACAUCUGCCAGGGAAUAUGUGAUAAGAUUGGUGUAAUCCUAGCAGACGGAAAAUCAACGCAAGAGAAUGACUGCGACACUUCCCAGUUGGUAUACAGCUGUAUCUGCGGCAAUGGUGUCAAGCCGAACAUGAGUGCGUAUCGAAACUCGCUACCAAGCCUCAUAUGUGAGGAAUCAAACUCGGAAUGCGCGAGUAAUGGAAGUGACUGCACUUCAAGCACAUGCGGCACAUCUGUGCUCGAUGCAGCAACAAGCACCACAUCUACAUCAACGACUUCCCAAGCGGUCACCUCGGUAUCUACGACAGCGACGAGAUCGACAACAAGAUCGGCCACGAGCACUUUGGGUAGUGUGAGCAGUCGCAGUCAUACAUCACUUGCGUCGGCUACGAGCUCUUCGGCCCCAGCGACCGAGACGCCGCAGGAACCGGGGCUGAACACGGGUGCGAAGGCAGGCAUUGGAGCGGGAGCUGGCAUAGCUGGGCUUUUACUCCUAGCAUUGCUAGGUUUUCUGUUUUAUAGCCUGGGAAAGAAGAGACGCUCUGCGACAACGGAGCCUGAGUCGUAUACAAAGGCGGAGCUUGCAGACACUCAGUGGGCAGGCCAUGAGGUGCAUGCAGACCAUCGACAGGAGCUAGAUGCCCCAGCGGGGGUGUCGGAGCUCAUCCAUGGCCAUCCGCAGACAGCACCUCAAGCGCCUAUACAAAGGGAACCGGUAGAGAUGGGAUGACCAAUCCGUAGGGCAUAUGAGCGCAAAACACAAUAUAAUUCAAGGCCACUAUGGCUAGAUUUUACUCCACCUUUAGUCCUAGGUUAG